AUGGCAGUUGAACAGCGUCGACUUCGUGGCUUGCAAGAUUCUGCCGCUUCGCUUGAUGCAGCCCUUACUGCGAGUCCAGAAAUCACUACUGGCACAGGUUCUACCAGUAAUCCAGCACCCAGUUCAUCUCAUCCAACGCCACGUGCCGGUCGCAAAGAGAGUAUCGGAGACGAAGAAACCGACAGAGAGUCAACACUAGGCUCGAUGUCUUCGCCGCCACCUUUGAGUGAGACGUCUCAGACGCGAUCCACUCGUUCUACCUCGACAACUUCUCGAAAUUCCAAUCGACUUUCCUUGACAUUACCAAUUGCGCAACCUAACAGUUUCCCCUCGAGACCUACACCCACUUCCUCAAUGCCUCCAACCCCUAUAGAAACCUCAGCAUUAAGCUCCCCUACCGAUCCGAAUGAUUUUAUUGUCGCCAUUGCUGCUCAAGAGCGUCGUGUAUUGGAACUUCGUGAAGAAUUAGGGCGGGCCGAGGAUGACUUGAGGAAACUCAAGAGGCAAUGGACAAGCUCUGCUGCGUAUAGGAAACGAGCAUCUCAUAGAAAUGUCGAGCCUCUCCAAGCAAUGGAAUCUGUUUUGGGUGGGCCGUGGGGAUACGACGAGAAUGUGAAUGUUCGAUAUAAUAGCGAGCUAGAGCGCAGAAAGGCCAUUCUCCGUGCACAAAGUCAGGGAACUCCUCGAGAGUCGAAGAGAACUGUCAUUCGCGGCGGACAUGCGCGCACCCUAUCACUACUUUCGCCAACAAGAUCAACAAAUGGAGAUGAUAGUGGACUUCGAUCAGCUGACCCAUACUCUAAGCCGCCAUCAAUUACUAGCCCUGCCCCUAUUAACAAGCGUGCAACUUGGGCUCCUCGUCAAACCCAACAAUACCAACCAACAGAUGGUAUGAAGAAGAUGGCCAAUGAACUUAAACAAGGUCUUUGGACAUUUGUUGAGGACUUGAGACAAGCAACUGUCGGCGACGAGGCAAUUUCCGGAACCACACAUAGAACUAGCGAAAUGAUUUCCCGGCUAGGUAGGAUGGAAGGCGACCAGGACACGAUUCGUGCAUCUGCUUCGAGUCGCGGCCGUAUACCAUUUCAGGACGAGCCGGAGUCGAUCCUAGAUUCACCAAGUAUAAUGUCUACCGACAGCUUUAGCGAUCGUUUCCAACAUAGACGUACUACGUCAAAAGCCGAACCUAAGGCCAAGAAGCAUUUCUCCUGGACGCCACUCACGUUUGACAGUUUCGAUGAUGAAGAUUGGUCGAACUGGGAAUCCCCAAAUGUCAAGACAUCUCGAUGGAGCGGUAGCACUGUGAACGGGGAUAUCAUAUCCGCAAUUCCCGAGAGGACUAACGAAAAUGGAGGGACACUGAGACGCAAACAAUCCCGGAGCGAGCUCCGCCCACCAUCUCCGCAGACGCCAAGCAAGCUUGAAGAACUCCCCCAAGCCAUCCUUAAUAGACUAGCGCCCAGCAAUCUGAAGAACACUACGUCGAACUUCAUCAAAGAGUGGGAAAAGAGCCUUUCGCCACCUGCCGAAUCAACCUCGUUCUAA